AUGGGAAGUGAUCGUUUUUCUCUCACAGCUUUCAAUUUCAAUAGAUUCCAGGACGGUAACGGUUCUAUACAAGAGGAAGUUGUGUUCCACAGGGAACACAGUACCUUUGCAAUAAUGAAGUUAAUGGGAGUAAUCAACCCUCUUCCUACUACUGAACAUGAGAACGAAGCCCAUUGCUUCAAAGAGCAAAACCAGCAGCAGAAACAUGAUUCCGAAUUUUACAACUUCAUGUUACAAGAGUUCAAUUUUGGACCUGCUUUGCAAUUACAACCAAAACAUCCAUCUCAAGAAACUAAGGAGCUAAAUAACCAGGGAGUGUCAAGUUCACAGCUUGUUGGACACAAUAAGCAGGUGCCACCAUCUUCUCUAGCAUCAUUGGAGCUCCUGAGAAAUUACAGAAACAGGUUCAAGAGGCUAAGGGGGGAAAAUAUAAACAGUACUGAAAUUUCAGUGAGUCCUCCUCAGAAGUUGUCAACUGAAGAAAUAAUAAGAGCUGCUGCAGCAAGGUAUAUCCAGCACCCUGCACAAUGGGACAACAAUUUUUGUGUUCCUAUGCACCCUUAUGGAUUUGGUCUCGGAGGUUUGUCUGAGGAAGAAAAUAGAGACGUUGAACUUGCUCACUUUCUUCUGGCAGUAGCUGACAGAGUAGGCUGCCAACAAUUUGAACGUGCAAGCGUGUUACUUUUCCAUUCUCCAUGGAAUUCAUCAGAUGGUGGAAACUCUCUUCAGAGAGUUAUAUUUCAUUUUGCUAAAGCACUCCGAGAAAGAAUCAACAAGGAAAUAGGGGGAAGGAUGACAUUAAAGGGAUGUGAGAAAAAUAAAGAAAGGGAAAUGAUUCAGAAUUUGGAAUUGGAUACUAACAUGGCCAUUACAUGCCAUCAAAAAAUUCCUUUCAAUCAAGUAAUGCAGUUCGCUGGUGUACAGGCUAUAGUGGAACAUGUUGCAUCCCAAACCAAAAUCCAUGUGAUAGAUCUUAUUAUCGGAUGUGGGGUGAUGUGCACAGCUUUGAUGCAAGCACUGGCAGAGCGAAAGGAAAGGCCAGUUGAGCUUCUUAAGAUAACUGCCAUUGGUCUUAAAGGCAAGAUUGAGCUAGAAGAGACAGGAAAAAGGUUAGUGAGUUUUGCUGAAUCCUUGAACUUGCCCUUUUUAUAUAAGGUCGUUUUUGUUACAGACAUCAUAGAUAUCAACGAAGAUCAGUUUGAAAUCGAUGAUGAUGAAGCUGUGGCUAUCUACUCUCCAUAUAUACUGAGGACUAUGGUAUCAAGUUCUGAUUCCUUGGACAACUUGAUGCGGGUGAUAAGAAAAAUCAGACCAUGUAUAAUGAUAGUCCUUGAAUUGGAAGCAAACCAUAAUUCACCCUCCUUUGUGAAUCGCUUCAUCGAAGCAUUUUUCUUCUUCUCCGCUUAUUUUGACUGCGUUGAAACCUGCCUAAACGAGGAUUAUGAGUGCAGAAUGAAAAUCGAAGCAAUAUUAUCUGAAGGGAUACGAAACAUUGUUGCUAUGGAAGAGGGAGAAAGGAAAGUUAGGAAUGUAAAGAUAGAUGUUUGGAGAAGGUUCUUUGCAAGGUACAGAAUGGUGGAAACUGGAUUUAGCGAGUCAUCUUUGUACCAAGCUUACUUGGUUGUCAAAAAGUUUGCUUGUGGGAAUUUCUGCACUCUAGACCAAAACGGGAAGUGUCUUAUAAUUGGUUGGAAGGGUAGCCCAAUUCAUUCAAUCUCAGCUUGGAAGUUUCUUUAAGAUUGUUU